AUGAUAAAACAGAUAUUAAUCACAAUCAAUGAUGAAAUGAAACCAACUACAUUGUCAGUCUUGUUACUCACGUUACUUUUCUACUACGGUAAGUCUUUUGACAAAACAUACUUUAAUACAAAAUUUAGAAACACCUGUGUUCAAAAACAGAUGUAAUCACUUUCAGAAACAAUUUAACCACCUUCAGAACGCAUACAUGUCACGUAUACAAGUACGAUUUACAAAAAAAAAGUUGAAAAUAUUUAAAAAAGUUUAGGCUCAGCUGAAGUAGAACCCCUGUUUACCCGAAUCUUGUGGAAUGUCACGAUGCAAGACGUCCUCAACCUUAUAAAUGCCUUCCAAUCACUUCUGAAGGCACACAACUUCGAAGAAUUCAAACAAAAACUCGAGACGUCAGAUCCAGAACUUGUAAACAAAGUUGUUGCGUUCAGACAAGGACUCGAUUCUGAAAUGGCAGACGUUUCCGAGCAGGCCAAGGAUUUCAGCGACAGAGUAAUAGGUUUAUUUGUAAUAUAUACUAGUAUAUUUAGAAUGACAUCAAGUAAUAUAACUUACAGUCAAUUAUUAAUUUACAAUUUACAGUUAACUUACUGUAUAAACUUACUAUAAGGAUAGGUAAGAGAGUAACAAGUGCCUCGAUUACCAGCUCUACUAGUGUAGAAUUAAGUUCGUAUCUUAAUUGCAUGUUUCCAGAUAAUUAUAGAGAUCACCCGACUGUUACCGCCUCCCAGUAACUUCACGUUCGACCUGGUUUCGGCCGAAACUCACAUAAGCGACUUGGCCGAAAUGUACUUAAACCUGGACUCAAAAUCCAAAAAAGGUAUCGAUGCGUUGGCACCACACUUGAAAGUCAUAUUCGACUGGUUAUCUACUCAAAUCAAGACCAUCCAUAUGUAUGUUAAAAACCCACUAGCCUUGUUAGCACAGCUUCCACUAAUCAUUAACCUAUAA